CGGAGCCCUGUCCACGUUGAGGUUCGCAAUGAUUGGUGUCGUCGGCAGGACUUUUGGGAAGUUGCUGGUGAUGAAGGGGAGAUAUGGAAAGGCAGUCAGAUCAGCAGAUGCUUCAUCACUUUGAAAAGUUAAGCUGUAUUCUAUUUUUUGGCCUAAUCUACGAUACCAGUCCAAAUAAUUAGGCCCAAGUCGGACUCUCUAACUCUCUGAACAGGAACUCCCACGAAAGAAACUAUACGGAGUUCCGCCGUGGAGCAUCAGUAGCUUGUUUUUCGCAUUCCCAUGUCGACAAUGGCGUCCGCAGGCUCUUCUGAGAGAAAGAAAACCAAGCGAAGCUCAAGGAAACGAGCCUGGGUUGAGUCGGAGCAGCAGCUUGAACGUUUGAAUUCACUUCCAUGGAGCUCGUCGCUUCCAGAAAGUAAUGGCGGCGAGGAUGAUUUCUCUCUUUUUAUGGGUUCCAACGAACUCGAAGGAGGAUUUCUUGGUCUUGAGGAGAUUGAUGAAUCUGAGUAUGGGUUGGAAAUUCCUGGUCUCAAUGUAGAAAAUGAGACGAGCAAGUUGAAAAGAAAAACAAAGUCGAAGAAACAUAAGAUAAAUGAAGGUGAUGUUGAUGAUAGCUCCAGUGGUGAACCUUAUACUGAACAUGGUAUUGAAGCUGGACAAAGUAAAGGGAAUGAGAAUGAUGAGAAGAAGGACAGAAAACCGAAAAGGAAGAAGAAGAAGAAGAAGAAAACAGAUAAUAAUAAGAGAAAUGAUCAUCAAGAGAAUGCUAGUGCAGACGAAGAAGCGAAGCAGACUACUGAUACUGAUGGGAAGGAUAAUGAUAUUGGUGAAGAGGAUCCCAUUGAUGAAGAAGAGUAUUAUGCAUGGAAUGGACUGAGGCUUCAUCCAAUGAUUAUGAAAUCAAUAUACAAUCUCAAAUUUAAAGAGCCUACACCCAUACAAAAAGCCUGUAUUCCUGCUGCUGCUCAUCAAGGGAAGGAUGUGAUUGGAGCUGCAGAGACAGGAUCUGGUAAAACUCUUGCCUUUGGUUUGCCAAUCUUACAGAGGCUUCUCGAAGAACAAGAUAAAGUGGAGAGGGUUCUGACAGUAAAAGGAGAGGCAAAUGAGAGAAUAGCUCCACAUGGUGUCCUGCGUGCACUAAUUGUUACGCCGACAAGGGAGCUUGCACUCCAGGUCACUGAUCAUCUCAAGAUGGCAGCAUUAGGCACCAAACUUAGAGUAGUUCCUAUUGUUGGCGGAAUGUCAACAGAGAAGCAGGAGCGGCUUUUAAAAUCUAGACCUGAAAUUGUAGUUGGAACACCUGGGAGACUGUGGGAACUCAUGUCAGGUGGAGAGAUUCAUCUUGUUGAGCUGCACUCCUUGUCAUUUUUUGUGCUGGAUGAGGCUGAUCGCAUGAUUGAGACUGGUCAUUUUCGUGAGUUACAAUCUAUAAUUGACAUGCUUCCAACAAACAGAGAAUCAAAUGACCAGCACGCACAAAAUACACAGAGCUGCAUGACAGUGGCAAAUGUCCAGAGAAAGAAAAGACAAACCUUUGUGUUCUCUGCAACUCUUGGCCUUUCUGCUAAUUUUCGAAAAAAGUUGAAGCAUGGAUCUCUCAAUGCCAAAAAAGAUGAGCUUAAUUCAAUUGAGACUCUCUCUGAAAGAGCAGGAAUGAGGGCAAAUGUUGCUAUUGUGGAUCUUACAAAUGCUUCUAUUUUAGUUAACAAGCUCAUGGAAUCAGUUCUUGAGUGUAGGGAAGAAGAAAAAGAAGCUUAUCUAUAUUAUAUAUUAAAUGUGCAUGGACAAGGUCGCACUAUUGUCUUCUGUACUUCAAUAGCUGCUUUACGUCGCAUUUCUUCACUGUUGUGUAUUCUCAAGAUAAAUGUAUGGACUCUGCACUCAGAGAUGCAGCAACGGGCACGAUUGAAGUCAGUGGACCGUUUUCGUGAAAAUGAACAUGGCAUACUUGUUGCUACAGAUGCUGCAGCUCGAGGGCUAGACAUUCCAGGAGUUCGAACUGUUGUUCAUUUUCAGCUUCCACUUUCAGCUGAAGUAUAUGUUCAUCGAUGUGGAAGAACAGCCAGAGCUUCUAGUGAUGGGUGCAGCAUUGCUCUAAUCUCACCAACUGAUGCAUCAAGAUUUGCAGCACUGUGCAAUUCCUUUUCUAAGGAAAGCUUCCAACGAUUUCCUGUUGAAUCCUCGUACUUGCCGGAGAUUAAGAAACGAUUAUCUCUUGCACAUCAGAUAGAUAAAAUUGUGCGGAAGGAAUCACAGGAAAAGGCUGAGAAGAAUUGGUUGGAGCGAAAUGCUGAAUCCAUUGAACUUGUUCUAGAGGAGAAUGAUAGCGAGGAGGAAAGAGUUAAGAAAUACAGGCAAAAGAAAUCCAAAUCAAAUCAGUUGAACAAGUUGCAACAGGAGCUCAAUACACUACUUUCAAAACCACUACAGUCCCGAACAUUUUCAAGGCGCUAUUUAGCUGGGGCUGGUGUGACCCCUCUUCUUCAACAACAAUUCGAAGAACUAGCAAGGCAGAAACCUGGUGACGGCAGUACAUCAGAGCAAAUCAAAAGGAGAAAGCUGGUGGUCAUAGGCCAAGACUGUGUGGAACCACUUCAGGCAUUGAAGAGUGCUAGUAAUGAGGAAUGCUUGGAUCUGAAAGAGAUUGCCGAAAAGCGAAAGAACUUAGACAACUUAAGAAGGAAGAGGAAAGAACAGAAGAAACGUUUGCACGAGCAAAGGAGAAAGCAAAGGAAAAUGUUGAAACAAAAUCGUGAUGGCCCCAAUGACAAUUAGUAGCCCCCACAUCAUCAUCAAUAGGUUAUUUAAUCUGUCUCAUUACAUUUUUUUUUUUUUUGGGUUUGUUUUGGUUGUUAUUUGUUUUAUUGCUUCUUACCCAUUGUUGUCUCAGAAGUUCUUAUUCUUGGACGCACUCAUCUAAUGUGCUCUUCUUUUGUAUUAGAAUUUAUUAAUUACUAGUCUA